AUCCCCUCUCCCCUCUCUUCGUUCCUCCGUCGCUUUCCAUAUCUGUCGCUCCCUCCUCUUUUCCCUCCCUCCCACGCCCGUUUGAUUUCUAGGGCUUGACGCUGUUUCUGCACAUUCCUCCGCCUCCGGGACUGAAUCUUGCACCACUGCUCGCAUCAAGAUUUCGUCUUUCGUUUUCUUACGCCUGGAAAGAUUCACCGUCACUCUUCUUAUGAUUAAACGUUGUCUGUUGGAGACGUUUUCCGAUUGAUUGCCGCGAGAUCUUAUGUUUGUGAUUCUUUUGAAGUCAUACUUGUUUAGGUUCAAGAACGUGUUGAUGCUCUUUCCUUUAUCCACUAAUUUAGGCGCACCUUUUGCUUUUCUUUCUGGUGUUAUUUGAUUCACAUGACCGCAAUUUUUUUUUGCGUUCAUAAAUAUCACCAGUCCUUGCUCUGGGUUGGGUGUCUUUUUUUGUUUCUUUUCUUCUUUAUUGGGAAAGUUUGAACUGACAAUCGAGUUGUAACCAUUAAUGUGGUUUUUGAGCAUUUCUUAAUUCUUCUUCUGCUUGAAGCAAUCUAUGUAGUGUAUUGUUAUCUGAAUUGUUGAUUGUCAUGUUACCGAACCUUUAUGAGUUUUAUGGAAUCACGAAAUGUUUCCUUGUAGCAGGAUUUAGAAUAUUGAUAUUCCAUGUUGACUUUGUGUUACCUCUGCCAAGAUAUCUAUCGACCACCUGGUUGACCAACGGACUUAUGGUCUCGAUUUUGUCUUAGAUUACAGAAAGAAACUGUAUGGUUUAUGCUUGUGACAGUCAUGAUUCUAUAUGACCAAGUGGGCAAGGCUUAUUUUGUAAGAAAUGGCAAGAAGAAUCAGAAGCUAUCACAGAAAUUCAUCUCGGAAGUUUCGGUCGACUCCAUAUCCGGUGCCUUCAUAUCAACGACCUAUUUCAGCAGAAAGGUCUUCAAAGAAGACAUCUUUUACCUUGGAGAGGAAGGAUUGGAAGGGUGCUACUUGCCCUGUGUGCAUGGAAUUUCCACACAAUGCUGUACUCCUCCUUUGUUCAUCUCAUGACAAGGGCUGUCGCCCCUACAUGUGUGCAACCAGCUGCCGUUUUUCUAAUUGUCUUGAACAAUUCAAGAAGGCAUAUGCUAAAACAACUUCAUUGGUGGAAAGUCGGAUCCAUGAUUUGCCUGCAUGGAAGAAAUGCGAGGUAGUGGAGUUAGCAUGCCCUCUAUGCCGAGGGCAGGUGAAAGGAUGGACUGUGGUGGAACCAGCACGUAAAUAUCUCAACAAAAAGAGGCGAAGCUGCAUGCAGGACGACUGCUCAUUCAUCGGUAGCUACAAAGAGCUUCGUAAGCACAUGAGGUCUGAGCACCCUUGUGCGAAGCCCCAUGUAGUGGAUCCUGUUCUCGAACAGAAAUGGAGAAAUCUCGAGUACCAGAGUGAGCGGGCAGAUGUGAUCAGUACAAUAAGAUCUUCAAUGCCUAGGGCAGUUAUAUUGGGAGAUUAUGUGAUAGACAUGGACGACAGUGACUCUGACUUUGAUGAUGACAGUGACUCUGGCACCGAUUUCGAUGACUACAAUGAUGAUUUUUUCGAUAACGCAAAUGGUAUCUUUGGACGGAGGAAUGGUCGGAGUAUCUUUACCGCACUCAUGAGGGAGGCUGCCCGUAAUAGGAGGUUUAGAAGAAGCCGUGUAGGUAAUGCUAGAGAAGGGAGCAAUGGUCAUCUUCCAACCAUCGUUGAUCGUGCUUCGCGUGAUGCAGCAUUUAGUUAUCGCUUGGAGGAACAUGAUGAUGACAGGAGUGCUGUAGGCAUAACCCGUUCUGAAAGGCAGCAUAGGAGGAGGAGCCUGGGAAGAUCAUCAGUACAUGGUACAAGAUUGUUGUGAUGGUGUGGUGUAUGUUCAAAUUCAAAUUAUUUCUUUCCCUUUGUUCUUUCUUUUUUCUUCAUAAAUAUGUACUGAUAUAGCAAACAUUAAAGCUUGUUCCUCCUGCAAGUCCCGUUAUAUUUCAUCAACAUCAAAAUUUAAUCUGGAGAUCAAAACUUUGAAUU